AUGGGCCACAAAGUCUCCGUCAUCCACGGCGUCAGAUCAGAAGACUACUACAAGCCCGGCAACGCAAUCAACGAGAUCUGGAUCGGUCACCUCGAACUCAUUUCUCGCCUCCCGUUCGGGGACUCCGAUAUGGGCCAGGCUGGAUGGCCGCAUGGGGGUUUUCCUAAGAUUCCCUGGCAUAACUUUAUCAUUCCUUUGAAGCGGCGGGGACUCGUUGAGGGGGACGGAGACGAUGGAUAUACGGAAAGACUGGAGGGAGGGGAUCAAUCAGGGGAUCGGUCGUCUUCGUCCGGCAGUGAUGUUGGCCCUACGUCCCAGGUUACGUCCUUAGUACCAGCCUUGGCUAUGUUAUCCCUCGUCGUCCUCGCUUUUGGUCUUCCGGUGGUUCUCAGACGGUAUACCGUAUCGUACAACCGGAUCCGUGGGAAUGGGAUGGAAAAGUGCAAGCAGCGCAGAGAUGGACAUGCUAUACGAACGUGCAUCGCUAUUAUCUCCCUCGUUACGGGCUUGCUGCUUUCUCUGCUUGUUUUCCAAGCCCUUGUGGAUGUCGGACAACUGGGGAUACUCAAUGGUUCGGUCUUGGUGUUGCUGCAGGUGGUAGCGGCCGUUGCGGUUGGUGUUGGUUUCUGUUGUUCGGUUAGGGCAGCGUAUUCGCUUUGGAUGGAUUGGAGGGACGUUUCUCGUUGGCUGGGGGAGGAUGAUAUUGUUUCGGAGAGUGUCAUGAUAGAGGAGAGUCUUCCGAUGAUUGUGUCUUCCUGGCUGGAACGGCAGCAUCGGGCUUGA